UCCAUGAAUGCCAAAGUGGCUGAGGCCCUGAACCAGGUGGCCCUGCCGGUGGUGCCAUUCAACACCUGUAAGAGGAUGGACUACUGGUGGUUCCAGGUCAAGACCUCCAUGAUCUGCAUGGGCUACACCUUGCCUGACGAGCUCAAGUCUGUCUGUCAGGGGGAUUCGGGCGGUCCCCUGGUGUGCCAGGACUCUCCCAAUGCUCCCUGGGAGGUGCAUGGCAUCACCAGCUUUGGCCCCAACGGCUGCAUCAUGGACAAGAAGCCCUCUGUGUUCACCCGCGCCUCGGCCUACAUCCCCUGGAUGGAGAAUGUCAUCCGCAGGGACAUGUACAACCAGCACACAUCUGGCUGCGGUGGGCUGAAGGAUAUGACUGGCGAGAGCGGCGUGCUGUCUAGCAUGGGGCACCCGGCAGCUACAGUAACGGUGCCCGCUGCCAGUGGCACAUCAAGGUGCCCGACGGUAAACGUGGUCCACCUGCGCUUCCACAACUUCUCCCUGGAGGACACCCAGCUGUGUCUCAACGACAAGGUGGUGGACACCGGCUUCAGGGCCUCCUGGAAGGCUGUGGACCCCUGUGAGGGUGAGUGGAGCUGGGCUUCAGGGCCUCCUGGAAGGCUGUGGAUCCCAGUGAGGGUGAGUGGAGCUGGGCUUCAGGGCCUCCUGGAAGGCUGUGGAUCCCAGUGA